CUCCAUACAAAACAGGAAGUGUGCUGCUUGACGACAUUAUAGACAUGAACGACACCAUUUUCUAGCUAGUCUUUUGUUUUAUAUUGUUUUACAUUUUCUUAAUCAACGGAUAUUGAUUCCGUCUUUAUUUUUUGUUUGAUUGAAAAUACAAACUAGAAUCCAAGAUGGGAGGCGGAGAUCUGAAUUUAAAGAAGAGCUGGCACCCCCAGACUAUGAAGAACAUAGAGCGGGUUUGGAAAGCUGAGCAGAAAUAUGAGGCAGAACGUAAGAAGAUUGAGGAGCUCCAAAAGGAGCUGAAGGAAGAACGAGCCAGAGAAGAAAUCACUAGAUAUGCUGAGGAAACCGGAGCAAUCAAAAAAAAAGAUGACCGCCUCGACUGGAUGUACCAAGGCCCUGCAGGUCAGGUAUCCAGAGAUGAGUACCUGCUGGGGCGCCCCAUUGACAAGCAGAUUACAGAUCAGUAUGAGGAGCCAGAGAGUGGUCCAUCAAGUGAGACCGGCCUCCUCCCUGGGUCAAUAUUUAAUCCUGCCACCCCAGCCUCUGGCCUUGAUCUUGCAGCCAAGAUCAGGGAAGACCCCCUGUUUCAAAUUAGGAAGCGAGAAGAAGAAAAGAAGAGAGAAGUUUUGACUAAUCCAGUUAAGAUGAAGAAAAUAAAGGAGAUGUUGCGCCAAAAUCUUGAUAAAAAAGACAAGAAAAAGAAGAGGAAGAAGGACAAGAAGGAGAAGAGAGACAAGGAAAGGACAAAGGACAAGAAGCAUAAAAGAAGAAGUUUAAGUUCCAGCUCAGAAGAAGAAGAACAAGAUAACAAACACAGGUCACACUCGAAGGAUGAUUCUAAAGACGGCAAAUCUCGUUCACAACAUUUUCCUGGAUAUGGGCUCCAGUUUCCAAGCGGCAGACAUCAGCCUGCUUCAAAUCACUCAGGCCGCCGAGAGAGAAGCCGCUCACGAUCUCCUCACAGAAGCCACAAGGACAGUCGCUCUUAUUCUUCCUCCUCUCACAGAGCUGACAAGAAGGCGGAGGUGAGAGACCCCAUCCCACAGAGGGAGCACUACCAAAGGCAGAGGAACCCUGUGUCAAAGAAGCUUUCUGCAGAGGAACUGGAACGAAAGAGGCGUGAGAUGAUGGAGCAGGCCAAGCAGAGGGAGGAAGAUAGGGAAAAUAACGUGAAACGAUACAGGAGGCAAGAUGAGCAAGAUAAACAGAGGGAGCAAAACACCAAGCACGACCCACAUGCUGGCUUCAUUCAUAACAUGAAGCUGGAAAGUGCUGCCAGUUCGUCUGUGGAAGACAGGGUGAAGAGGAAUAUUCACUCCAUUCAGAGGACACCAGCCUCCUUGGACAACUUCAUGAAGAGAUGAUUGUUGCAUGUUAGUUUGUAAAAUCACGGAAAACAUGUUUUAAGACUCUGCUUUAUAUCCCGACACCUGUCUUUUUGAUAAACUUGUUGAGGCAAAAAGAUAAUGUGGGUACAGUCAAAGCUCUGUCCUCUGGCUUUUAUUCUGAAAAUCCCUUUCAGGAGGAAAAGCCAGUUAUUGUAGCUGAUUUUUUUUCCUGCCUCCAUCAAAAGCAACAUGGAUGAAUAGGACCUUUGUACAGUAUAUUGUAAAACUAUUUUAAACCAACUUAACAGAUCUGUUUUAUUUCUUUUUUUUUGUAUCAUGAUUGUUUUUGUCUUACUGUAAGUAGGUGUGCUGCAUUUUCAAACUACUUUGCUGGUAGUUUAAGUUUUAUUUUUUUUCUUUGUUUCUUGGGUGUCACUAGCAGCAUAACAGGAACAUUUGAUUGUGCUCCUAUGUACCUGAUAACACUCUUAUAAACCUAAUUCUUUACAGAAAGGCCAAAACACAAUAUUUCUUAUCCAAAUUAAGUGGUUCUAUUCAAACGAACCUUUCACAUCUGGGUUAGAAUAUAUAACCAAGGAUGUGUCUUUGUACAAAUGAUAAAAGCAAAUAUUUGACUACUUGUAGGUUAA